UGCCACCCAAGACGUGAUUCAGCUCCAACAAUUACCAUUAUCUGUUUCUCAGUUGGACGAUACGGGACGAAUCUGUAAUGAUGACGAGUGUUUCCUUGGUUCUUUGUGUAGUUUUUCUUUUCUUUUUUUUUUAAGUCCACACCCAGCCAUCAUUGGUGACAGCACUCCAGCCAUUCAGGUGCUGAGCGGAGGAGGAGGCUAUAUAACAGGAGGCGCACAUGGAGAGGUCUGUUUGUGUACACACUGAGCCAGGCGCACGGAUUGUUGUUUGAACGCUGCAGCGAAGUGGGAUAGAUUAACUUUGAGAGCUCUCUUCCAUCUUAAGGGGAGAAAACACAGGAUUAUACCCGAUUGUACGCGAUGACUGCACCGAACAGGUUCAGCUUCUCCGUCAGGAGCAUCCUGGAUUUACCUGAGAAGGAGGCGGAGGCUGCGCCGCGGUCCUCCUCGGUUCACUCCUCCUGCUCCUCCAGCUCACCAUACACCUCCUGGGUCGAGUGUGAUCGGAGCCCCAGCAUGUCUUCUGAUGAAGGCAAUUUGGAACUGUCCCCCGACUCAACCAAGCCGGAUGAUUCGUCCCUUGAUUUGGAGCCAGAGAGGAUCAAGAAGAGCAAGAAGCGCCGCGUCUUGUUCUCCAAAGCCCAAACUCUGGAGCUGGAGAGACGCUUUCGCCAGCAGCGCUACCUGUCCGGGCCGGAGAGGGAGCAGCUGGCACGGAUCCUCAACCUCACACCGACCCAAGUCAAGAUCUGGUUCCAGAACCACCGCUACAAGAUGAAGAGAGGCCGGGCAGAAGGCGCGCUGCCUCCGGACGCAGACAUACCGCAGCCUCCGCUGCUGCGCAGGGUUGUUGUUCCGAUUCUGGUCCGGGACGGGAAGCCGUUUCACACCUGCUUUAUUGAAACGGAGAAAAUGGGCUGCUUAACCUCUCCUGCUCCUCCUCAUCCUCAGGCAGCUUCCUUCCACUUAGCUUUCCCUCCACUCCAGCACCCCUCCACUGGACCUCUUCCUCCCCGGUACCAACAGCACUUUCCAGCUGCGGCGGCCUCCAGGUUUGCUUGGAGGGACUUUUGGAGCGACUCGGUUCCCUUUAAUCCUCUGAAAUGAGGCUCCUCAUAAAGAAGCACAUACUCAUUUAGAAUGGCAUCAAAUGUUUUCUAAAUGUUUAAAACAUUUUUUGAGCUACUUAAACAUUUAGAUUUUAGAACAAAUACUAUUUUGCACAUUUUGUUGGAAUAUGUUUGGUGUUGGGGUUAUUUUUAUAUGAAUGAUGAAAGAUUUUUCUUUGAUACUCUUGUACUGUAGAAUAUUUUUAAAUUGAUAAUGCAUUUUGUAUUGUUUUUCUCUUCCCAUCUUUAUAUGUUUUUAAUUAUGUGUAUAUAUAACUUUACGCAUUUCAGUAGUUAAAGAGUGGUUCAUCCUAUAGGAAGAAAUCAGCCUGUAGUCUCAUUGUAUAAAGGAAAAUGUAAUAUUUAGUUAUUUUAUUUUAUUUUGUCUUCCUUUGAACUGCCUUUAAAGUUUAAACUGUUUCAUCAUGUUGCAAAAAAUGUUAUGAAUAAACCCUUCUAUUUUGGAAUAAUUCAUUUU